AUGGCGACUGAUGAUCUCUCUCCAGCGGGGAGCAGUACAUAUUCAUCAGAUACAAUGUAUGUUGGAGAUGGGACCUGGGAUGCUACCAAAAAUGAUUUUCUGUUACCCAAUUUGAUGGGUUUGAACUUCGAGACAAUGAGAUACAAUGGAAUGGGAAAUCGAUUUGCGACUAUGCCUGGAUACAAAGGUUUAAUUACAGCUCACGGUAUACUUGCUGCCAUUACAUUCCUAUUCAUGGUACCUGCGGCGAUCAUGACGGUACUUCUAUCAACAGUCGUUUUCACACUUGGUUGGAUGGCAGUCGGCCCUGCUCGAAGUUUGACGAAUCCCCAUCACGGCAUUGGAUUGGCAAUUUAUGUCUUGAUUUGGGUACAAUUUCUAUCGGGCUGGUGGACACAUGAUUCAGAGAAAAAACGAGUUUUGAGGAGGAUUCCCUUCAAAGCGGUCUUGCACCAAUGGAUAGGUCGCGCAACAGCGCUUCUUGCAAUUGCCCAAGUACCUCUAGGACUGACGUUAUAUGGAUCACCAAAGUAUCUAUUUAUACUUUUCGCUCUUUGGAUGGCUUUCUUGGUGUUGCUAUACUUUAUUCUUUCAUACAGAGCACUUCAGGCACUCCCAGACGUACUACGAGAAGGAAGCAGACAUGGCGAAGUAAUUCAGGAAAGGAGAAAGAGUUCAAUCGGAGCAGGUAUUCUUGGACCAUUACUCGCAGGUGCCGGGGCUGCUGCUUUGCUUGGGAAUCGAGACCGAAACAGGAGUAGAAGUCGCAGUCAUAGCAGGGUCCGGGAAGAAGUCAUACCUUCGCGUCGUGGCUCACGUUCCCGGCGCGAAUCUGUAAGUUACGUCGAAGAAGAAAAAUUCGAGGCCAGGAAAAAGGAAGGUGGCGGUCUCAUGGAUACGUUGUUCAAGGGGGCUGCUGUUCUAGGUGCUGGUGCACUUGCGAAGAGUUUUUUCGAUCGACGAAAGCGAACAAACCACGAGGACGAAUAUUCUUCUGUUGCGCCCGAUACUCCAGGUAGGAGGCCUCAUAGACGUUACGACAGCGAGAUUAGUGAUUCUACCGUCACGACUGAGCAAACAAAUCGCUACGAAGCUCGCCGAGGAAGCCGUCCCGUCUUGCCUGGCCCUAGAACUCCAGUGGCUGCAGCGGCUGCGAUUAGUGCUGCUGAAGCACGUCCAACGACUCCCAAACCAGUAACUCCCGUGACUCCUCGACCAGUACAAAGUCAAGCCGGCCGCUCGCAUAGCUUUGAUUCUAUGAGUUAUUCUUACGACUACGGAUCUGGUACUACGGUUAGUCCAUCUCGAAGGCCACAAGAAAGUAAUGGACUACGAAAUGGGUUGCUAGCUGGCUUGGGAGUAGGAUGGUUUGCUAAGAAAAUGAAAGAUCGCAGGGAGAAGAAGGAGGACGAACGUCUUGAACGCGAGGAAGACGAAAAAUAUGAACGAGAGAGAGCUUCUCGGCAUAUCAAUCAAGGCUCCCAUUUGACAAGCGACGCAUUUCCACCAAGAACGAAUCUCAAACGAAACUCUGUAGAGUCAUCCGAACUUUCAUCACUUGUUGGUCCUCACCCUGGACCCAGAGUAUCAGUAUCAGCGCCGCCUCCAAUUCCAGUCAACAUGGGUCAAACUCGUUCUCACCAUGACGUCGUUGCAGAAAAAGUCUCAAUGCCCCCCUUGCCCCAUGAUCCACGUGGUAUCCUCCAUCCUUCAUCAUCCGAUAGUGAUGUAACCCCUACUCCUGGUCGAAAUCGUCGUCGAUCAUCCAUUCGCAGAGAAGAAGGCGAGGCCGCUGCUGCCGCCGCUAUAGCUGGAGCUGCUGGUCUUGCGGCAGAAGAAGAACGUCGCCGUCAAAGAUCUCAUUCUAGAUCUGCUGUCGCAAGUCCUCCUGUUAGUGUCAAAGUCAAAGUGCACGGAGACAAAGAUCGCAACGUAACUUUACGACGGCUUACUGAACAAGAAGCGGCGGCAGAGCGGGCCUCAAGAAGAGCUCGAGGUGGUCAAAGAGGUUCGCGAAAAGAUUCCAUAAGCGAUCUUAGUGAUGGCGAGGUAUCAUCCCGAUAUCGACGAGAAGCAGAGAAAAGGGCCGAAAGAAGAGCUGAAUCAUUGGUCAGAGAGAAGAAUGAAGAAUCAGGCCUCCCACCACCACCAAUGGGACCUCUUACACCACCUCAUCCUGCAUUUGCAGGCGGAAAGAAGCCUAAAGAUUCAGGUUACUACUCAGGAAGACCACAGAGUUCUGGUAGACCGAGCUCCGGUAGACCAGACCCUAGUUUCGCUGGCGGCAGUGUGUUUGAUGCAGGGAAGAGUAAUAUGUCAGAGGAUACUCAUGGUACAUGGAGUGCGAUGAGUCCUGAAUCGGGCACCGACCAUGCGAAGGAGAGGAGACAAAGGAGGAGAAUGGAGAGGCAAAGACAGAAUAUAGGGACGGGAACGGCAGGCACAGUUGAUUUUAGUUGA